AUGAAUUGCCCUUGUCACAUUACAAAUCAAAUUUCAUCUGUAUGUAUAGCUCCUCAUAAGUGUGAAUGCUAAAGGAAGCUUUGCCCUGAAUGCCUAGAUGAACAUAAAGUGGAUUUUCAAUAUAUUGUAUCGAUUAAAAAAUUUAGAGAAAUAAUUAAUAAGAGAUUAGAGGAAUCACAGAUCAAUCAAACAACAACUGAAUUAACUAAAUAGAGAUUAAAUUUUAAAUAGAUUCUCUCUCAAACACAAGCCAUGCUAAAAAAAAUUUGGGAAGAAUUAUAUGUUUCAAUAUAAUAAAUAUACGAUAUGAUUGAAAUGGAAAAUUAAUCAUAUUUCAAUCUGAUUAAUGAAAACAAGAAUUUAGUAGAAUUGACAUAUUCUGAAUUAGAAAAAUUAGUAGAAAUUGUAGUAGAAAAUACAUUAAACGAUUGGAAUGAUGAGAAAAAUUUUUAUUUGAUGCAAUUGGAAUAGACAAAGAAUUGGUGGGAAUAGUAAAUUGCAGCUUUUAGUAACCAGUUGUAGAACGAUAUGGAAGAGUCGUUAAUUAAGUAAGUUUUUAAUCAUACUAAAGGAUUCGACCUAUAUAUUAAUAUAAGGAAGACUUAUUUGAAGUAUUAAUUUUAGCAAGAAAUAUUGACGAAUAAAUAUAUAGCCUAUUAAUAGAAAUAUUUAGAAAAGAGAAAAUUACAGAUUGUCUAGGGUUUCUUUCUAAAUACUGUAAUCAAAAGCACUACAAAAAGUAUAUUUAUUAAUUAGAUAUUUUAUCAUUUUUGGAUAAUAGCCAGAAGUUAACAGUUAUAAAAAAUAAAAUUCACAUAGUAUUUAAUAUCCUAAAAAAUAUUAAUGGUCUUGAUUUUUAUAAAAAAAACUAUUCAUAAUAAGAAUAUAAGGAAACCAGAAAAAAAUUAAUUGCUAAAAUUGAGAAAGAAAAGAAUAUUAUUGAAUUUUUAAAAUUUAUAGUUCAUCUUACUGCCAUAGAUGAAAGUUUAAUUUAAUGUGGAUCAAAUUCCCUAAAUCUUUUAGUAGACAUGUAGAUUGAUCUAAAAGAAUAAUGCUUUGAAAAUAUCAGAAUCCAAGAUACUUCAUUGAGAAAGGCAAAUUUUGUAAGAUGUAAUUUAAGCUAAUCUGUUUUUUAUAAUGUAGACAUUAGUGGAAUGAACUUGAGUGGAGCAUAGUUAUUUAAUUGUAAAUGGAGAAACAUAAAAAUAAACGAACUGAAUUAAUUAAAGGGUCAUAGUAGCACUAUAUAGUCAGUAUCCUUCUCUCCUGAUGGUACUACAUUAGCAUCAGGAAGUUCUGAUAAUUCUAUCCUAUUAUGGGAUGUUAAAACAGGAUAAUAAAAAGCCAAAUUAAAUGGUCAUUCAAAUAAUGUUCAAUCAGUCUGUUUCUCUCUAGAUGGCACUACUUUAGCAUCUGGAAGUUGGGAUAACUCCAUCCGUUUAUGGGAUGUUAAGACAGGAUAAUAAAAAGCCAAAUUAGAUGGUCAUUCACAUUAUGUAUCUUCAGUCAACUUCUCUCCUGAUGGUACUACAUUAGCAUCUGGUAGUUGGGAUAACUCUAUCCUUUUAUGGGAUGUUAAGGCAGGAUAAUAAAAAGCCAAAUUAAAUGGUCAUUCUGGAACAGUUUAAUCAAUUUGUUACUCACCUGACGGUACUUUUUUAGCAUCUGGUAGUUCUGAUACUUCUAUCCGAUUAUGGGAUGUUAAAACAGGAAUAUAAAAAGCCAAAUUAGAUGGUCAUUCAUCAAUUCUUACAUCAGUCUGUUUCUCUCCUGAUGGAACAUCAUUAGCUUCAGGUAGUGCAGAUAAGUCUAUUCGUUUAUGGGAUGUUAAGACAGGAUAAGCAAAAGCCAAAUUAGAUGGUCAUAGUGGAACUGUCUUUUCGAUAUGUUACUCAUUUGAUGGUACUAUGUUAGCAUCUAGUAGUGCAGAUAAGUCAAUCAGCUUGUGGGAUGUUAAUAAAGAAGAAUUAAAAUUCUAAAUUGAUAAUCAUAAUAGAACUCAUUACUCAAUAUGUUUCUCACCUGAUAGUAGUAUAUUGGCAUCUGGAAGUGAUAAACAUAUAAAUUUAUGGGAUGUUAAGACAAGAUAAUAUAAGUCAGAAUUAGAUGGUCAUUUUAGUACGAUUUAUUCAGUAUGCUUCUCUUUUGAAGGUACGACAUUAGCAUCUGGAAGUAAUGAUAAUUCCGUCCGUUUAUGGGACGUUAAGACAGGAUAAUAAGUAGCAAAAUUCGAUGGUCAUAGUAAUACUGUAUAUUCAGUAUGUUUUUCACCUGAUGGCACUACAUUAGUAUCUAGUAGUUCUGAUAACUCUAUCCGAUUAUGGGAUGUUAAAACAGGAAUAUAAAAAGCCAAAUUAGAUGGUCAUUCAUCAGGUGUUUAUUAAGUAUGUUUUUCACCUGAUGGCACUACAUUAGCAUCUGGUAGUUCUGAUAAAUCUAUCCGAUUAUGGGAGGUUAAAACAGGAAUAUAAAAAGCCAAAUUAGAUGGUCAUUCAUCAAUUCUUACAUCAGUCUGUUUCUCUCCUGAUGGAACAUCAUUAGCUUCAGGUAGUGCAGAUAAGUCUAUUCGUUUAUGGGAUGUUAAGACAGGAUAAGCAAAAGCCAAAUUAGAUGGUCAUAGUGGAACUGUCUUUUCGAUAUGUUACUCAUUUGAUGGUACUAUGUUAGCAUCUAGUAGUGCAGAUAAGUCAAUCAGCUUGUGGGAUGUUAAUAAAGAAGAAUUAAAAUUCUAAAUUGAUAAUCAUAAUAGAACUCAUUACUCAAUAUGUUUCUCACCUGAUAGUAGUAUAUUGGCAUCUGGAAGUGAUAAACAUAUAAAUUUAUGGGAUGUUAAGACAAGAUAAUAUAAGUCAGAAUUAGAUGGUCAUUUUAGUACGAUUUAUUCAGUAUGCUUCUCUUUUGAAGGUACGACAUUAGCAUCUGGAAGUAAUGAUAAUUCCGUCCGUUUAUGGGACGUUAAGACAGGAUAAUAAGUAGCAAAAUUCGAUGGUCAUAGUAAUACUGUAUAUUCAGUAUGUUUUUCACCUGAUGGCACUACAUUAGUAUCUAGUAGUUCUGAUAACUCUAUCCGAUUAUGGGAUGUUAAAACAGGAAUAUAAAAAGCCAAAUUAGAUGGUCAUUCAUCAGGUGUUUAUUAAGUAUGUUUUUCACCUGAUGGCACUACAUUAGCAUCUGGUAGUUCUGAUAAAUCUAUCCGAUUAUGGGAUGUUAAAACAGGAAUAUAAAAAGCCAAAUUAGAUGGUCAUUCAUCAGAUGUUUAUUCAGUAUGUUUUUCACCUGAUGGCACUACAUUAGCAUCUGGUAGUUCUGAUAACUCUAUCCGAUUAUGGGAUGUUAAAAAAGAAUAAUAAAAAGCCAAAUUUAAUGGUCAUUCAUCAGGUGUCUAUUCAGUAUGUUUUUCACCUGAUGGCACUACAUUAGCAUCUGGUAGUUCUGAUAAAUCUAUCCGAUUAUGGGAGGUUAAAACAGGAAUAUAAAAAGCCAAAUUAGAUGGUCAUAAUAGUACUGUAUAUUCAGUCUACUUCUCACCUGAUGGAAUAACAUUGGCUUCUGGAAGUGAAGAUGAUUCUAUCCGUUUAUGGCAAGUUUAGACUGGAAUUUAAAAAGCCAAAUUAGAUGGUCAUAAUAGUACUGUAUAUUCAGUAUGCUUUUCACCUAAUGGAAUAAUACUGGCAUCUGGAAGUGAUGAUCAUUCUAUCCGUUUAUGGGAUGUUUAGACAGAACAAUAACAGGGUAAACUAGAUGGCCAUAUUAGUGCUGUAUAUUCAGUAUGCUUCUCUCCUGAUGGAACUACGUUAGCCUCUGGAAGUGAUGAUAAAUCUAUUCGUUUGUGGGAUUUUUAGAAAGGUUAAUAAAAAGCCAUAUUAGUUGGACAUUGUGGGAGUGUGAAUUCUGUAUGUUUCUCACUUGAUGGCACCACCUUAGCCUCCGGUAGUUCUGAUUACUCUAUCCGUUUAUGGGAUGUUAAGUCAGGGUAUUAAAAGGCCAAAUUAGAUGGUCAUAGUAGCGUCGUUUGGUAAUUAUGCUUUUCUUCUGAUGAAACAUUAGCAUCUGUUAGUUAUGAUAAAUCGAUCCGUUUAUGGGAUAUAAAAACAGAAUAAUAAAAAAAAAAAUUAGAAGGCCAUGUUUGUAGUGUAUAUUCAGUAUGCUUUUCGCCUAAUGGUAUUAUAUUAGCAUCAGGUAGUGCUGAUAAGUCUAUCCGUUUAUGGGAUGUUAAGGCAGGAAAUUCAAAAGCCAAAUUAGAUGGUCAUAAUAGUACUGUAUAUUCGGUAUGCUUCUCACCUGAUGGAACAACACUGGCAUCUGGGAGUUAUGAUAACUCGAUUCAUUUGUGGUCUAUUAAGACAAAAUAAUAAAUAGCUCAAUUGAAUGGUCAUAGUAGCACUGUAUAUUCAGUAUGUUUUUCACCUGACGGUACACAAUUAGCAUCAGGGAGUGCUGAUAAGUCUAUCCGUUUAUGGGACGCUAAGACAGGAAAUUAAAAAGCAAAAUUAGAUGGUUAUAAUAGCGUUGUAUAUUAAGUAUGUUUUUCUCCUGAUGGAACAACAUUGUCAUCUUGUAGUAAUAAUGCAUCUAUUCUAUUAUCCGAUGUUCAGACAGGAUAAUAUAUAAUCGACAAAGUUGGUCAUAUUAAUAACUCUUAGUCAUUAUGUUUCUCCCCUGACGGUACAACAUUAUUAUCUGGCCGCAAAAACGAUACAAUUCAAUUAUGGGAUCUCAAAACAGGACAAAUAAUUUCUUCCUAAGAUAAUUAUUAUUAAACUAUUCUUGCUUUGUUUAAAACACCACUAUAAAAUAAAUCAUUUUUGCCACAUUGUAUCUAUUUAUAUUAAUUAAGCUAAUUCUUAUAUUCCUAUUAUUUUUAUAUCCCAAUAACUAUUAUUUUAAGCAUAAGGCGCUUAAAUUCUAAGAGGAGAAUUUAAAAACUAAUUGGGUGAGGAUUUACGAACAUUGCUUAAAUCAAAAGGAAGUUACAUUUUAGAAGAUUAAAUAGAUUUCUAUUAAAAGUGA